AUGCUUUUCCGCUCUGUUUUCACCUUCCUUAUUGGCGCUCUCUAUGCGCAGGCGGCUCACGCUGCCUUGACGUCGAAGCAGGUCGUAACCAGCAUCAAGGCAGUUACCACAGCUUCACAGAGUACCAACGACGCCCUUACAGUUAUCACAACCACUUCUUCCGUUACUGAAAUUACAUUUGCCAGCAGGAAACUGGUCAGCGGAUUCAAAGAUAUUGUAACCAGCAUCACGGCUGUCGUCCCAAAGAUUACAUCGACUGAAACCUUUCCGGACGAUGAAGGUAAAGCUAUCAUCGAAGCUUUGACCGAUUUUGUCUUGGUUCACCAACUUUUGUUGUCUACUGUCAUCGGAAAACACUCCAUCUUUGCCCAAUUCUCUCUCACCGCCCCCAUCGCGGCUGUCCUCCGUCUCCUUGAGGCCCAGGUUGAUGCAUUGGCGUUUGCUUUAAUCCACCUCAUUCCAACCCGGUCAUCCUCUAUUCAGAAAAGCCAGAAAACGCUUUCGAUUUCUCUCGACAGCAGCAUUUCUACUUACACCGAAUUCUGCAUCCCCAGCAUCUUCUGGCCCGCUGUCAAGCCCAAGUGUGUUGCAGCGUAA